AUGACCCAGGCGGAGAAGCCGCCGCGUGAGGGAACAGCCGCAUUCCCCGAGCAUAAGAUGCCGUGGUCCUGGAAGAGACUUUUCGGCAAGGAGGAUCACCAUAAUCAUCAUCACCCCCCUCUGCCUCCUCCCCUCCAGGAGGAUACCACGCGGCCCGGUAUUGGCAUCGCCCGCCGGAUCUCGAGAAAGGUGGUGCCAGGCAUACCACGUCAGGGGACCUUCAAGAGACAGCAGUCAGAGCUGCGGGAUCGAUUAGUACCCGUCAUUCCAAACCCCGAUGAGCGGCGGACGGUGUCGGUUGACAGGAGGCUUAAUGGCUCCGCGCGAGACUCGUCAAUUGCUUUGGCCGGUUCCCCCAGGCUAAGUGCCCCGGAGUUGCUAGAGACUACAGAUACCAUCGAGGCAGUACUAGAUAAUGGCGUCAAGCCCCCGCCAGAGACGAAGCUAGAGGAGGUCCAGGAAUAUGUGGACGUCUCCAAGGAUGUGUCAGCUGUCGAGACGCAGUCCAUCUCAACCGAAGCAUUCGAUGAGAUGAUCCUCGAAGAGCUCGAGAAGAAAUGGAUCUUGAAUCUGAGCAUGCAUUUUCGAGAUAAGUCCAAGAGGGAGAAAUUCUUCGUGACGUUUGCGGAAACCCCUACGCAUUGGCGACGGGUGACCGUCUCGCUGGAUUACCGGAAUGCUCCCGAGGGCUCGUUGGAGGAGGAGCUCCUCCGUACCAAAUUCCAGCGGGACAAGAGCGCACGGAUAUAUGAGGCUAUCCGAGAAUCCCUCCCAGAUAUUCAAUUCUAUGACACGGUCACGAAUCUGAAAUUGCAGACUGAGAAUGAACGGCUUCACGUUCACGUGGUCGAAGAUGUUUCGGAGAUUAUCUCCUAUCCUCCGGUGAGAGCCAUCAAUCACUUGGGCUGCAGGCGAAUCAGGGAGGAUGAGCUUGUGUUCGACUCCCAUCUCUCCGGUUUCGUCUACAAGGUCAGGGUUAACGGGCAAGUCUUCAUCAAAAAGGAGAUCCCCGGCCCGGAUACAGUCGAUGAAUUUUUGUAUGAGAUCAAUGCACUCCAUCAACUUUCCGGCUCACGCAGCGUGAUUCAGUUUGGAGGCGUGGUCCUCGAUAAUAGGGGCGAGUUUGUCAAAGGACUGCUCAUUAGUUUUGCUGAGCAGGGCGCCUUGAUAGAUGUAAUCUACGACGGAGACGGCAAGCUCCCCUGGGAGAGGCGGGAGCGGUGGGCUAGGGAGAUUGUUCAGGGCCUUGCAGAGAUUCACGAGGCAGGCUUUGUGCAAGGAGAUUUCACUCUUUCAAAUAUCGUCAUUGAUGAAUAUGACCGCGCCAAGAUCAUAGACAUCAAUAGACGGGGAUGCCCCGUGGGUUGGGAACCCCCUGAAGUUCGCGAUCUCAUUGACAGUAACCAACGGAUAUCCAUGUACAUUGGAGUCAAAUCAGAUUUGUACCAACUAGGCAUGGUUAUGUUUGCUUUGGCCACUCAACAUGAUGAACCAGAAACACAACGACCAUUGAAUCUAGCCUGCUUUCCGCCGGAGAUUCCAGACUACUUCCUGGAUAUUUGCCAUCGUUGUCUUGAUGAUGAUCCUCGACGGCGUCUACAAGCUUCCGCGCUGCUCACGUUGUUCCCUGAGAUGGAAGACAGGUUUGACGAAGGGCCUUCCCAGCCGGUGCCUAUCGUGGUCGAUGCCCAGCAUAUGGAUGAGAAGCCUUAUACAAAUGGUAAUCAUCCGUGCAGUUUUGGGGUUCAUAGCCCUCCAUAUAGCUCGUUGGGAAUAGACCGAUCAAUCAACGUAUAUGAUUAUGCGGUAACUGACGUUUCGGACGACACUGAGUUUUACCCACGACGAGGCCGGUCUCCCCCGGCUCCUCAGAGGUUCGAAAAGGCUGGGACUGUCAUGCCGUUUUCGGAAGUCAGUAUCUCGUUCCUAGAAGCCCAUAUUCCACCUCCGGAAGUCAGUAUUCCGCUACCAGAGUCGAGUACUACAUCCGAGAUUUUGGAAACCACAGAAACCCCAGGUCGGCAUACCUCAGGUGCUGGUGACCCAGUCGAAAUUACGCCCACGAUGGCCUCUGGCUCGGUCGAGCAGGAUAUUCGAGGGGAACAUCCCACAGGACUAGCCGCCUCCAAUGCCAGGUUCAAUUCUUUAGACUCAGGGCGGCAUACGCCAUCCAACUCUGAGCCACUGGAAGAAAUCUUGACUGCUGCCGCUAGUUGCAGAGAGCGGUGUUACGAAUCACAACAUAUUGAACCAGUGAUCUCCAAUCCCGAAUCCGAAAAGCGGGAUCCACUACAUGAUAUCCCAGCUACGACCUCACACCAAGAGGCCCUACCAAUUCCAGCGACUCUACCCAAUGAUUACGACGGUCAAGAACAACGACCCAUAGAACAAGAAGCAACGAAAAUGGAAACAAUAUCCACAUCUAUACCCACACCCAUACCGACAGAAUACACACCAAUACCAGAAACCCAACAAGAACCGCGACCCACAGCAGCGGCACCCCCAGAACCAUCCUCCUUAUCAUCCUCCACUGGGGAUUUAGUAGGCGUCGGCGGCGGCGCACAUUUCCCCGGCACCACCGAUCCUGAUCUUUUUGAGAUCCCCCCCGCGUUGACCAGUUUAGAUGACGAUGAUGACCUGAUGAAUGAUAUGCGAAAACAUACGCAUACUUACGACGACCGAAUUAUUCUUGAUGAUGUGGUUGUAGCAUUGGACGGACUAUAA